UAUAUAUAUCAACUGCAAUUCACCAUUACAAACACAAUCUUCAUCCUCUCAUAAGUCUUUUCUAUUUGUCUUCUUCAACUACACAAUACUUCAUUGAUCUGUUCUUGAAGGGCUUUUUCUUGAAACGAAAUCCAAGAUGAAUCAAUACAAUCAGAACCAGUCUGCAGAGGCAUACCCACCGCCGCCACCAUCCACCGCACCAAUAUACGUGGCACCACCACCGGCCGGUUAUCCAAUGAAGGACGGCACAGGCAUACCACAAAGUCAUGCUCCAAUUGAGACCAAGUCCAGAGGCGAUGGCUUCUGGAAGGGUUGUUGUGCCGCCCUGUGUUGCUGUUGUGCCCUGGACAUCUGCUUCUAAUUGAUACAAAUCCACUCUCUGGAUUUAUCAAUUAUUCUGUCAUUUGUGAUUUCUUUUAUACAUUAGUUGGAUUGUUUUGUUUCAGACCUUUUUGUCUUGUAGUUUUUAUUUUAGUCAUGUAAUGUCUACGUUCACGCCAUACACUUUUUUCUGUUCUAUAUGGUGGCUUCAUAUAUAUAUAUAUAUAUAGAAUUCUUUCCAGCUAUA